GGUAGGAUCCGCGUGGGAGAGGCUUAGUGGGCGGAACCAAUCAGCUGGCCGCGACAGCGUGGUGAAGCACAGCACAGCCCUUCUCGACCGAAACUUGCACAAACUGCAAAUGGAAGAUGGCGUUGUUAUUAGGGAGCGAGCGUACGUGGAGGUGGGGAAACUGGUGAACGAGGAACGGACGGCGAUUGCGGUGGUGCAAUGAGUAACGCGCGGCUCCUGCCUUGGGGUGCACCGAUUCCGGGGUGUGCGGGUGGUGAGUGCGAAGGAACGAGCGAAAAGUGUCGAACGAAGGCGAAGGGAGGGAGCAAACGAGGGAGGGAGGGAGGAAGCACGAGUGAAUGGGGGCUGGGAAGGAGAAGAAGUAUCCAGCGCUGGGAGCGGAAGGGUUUCGUUGAAGAAUGUGGCAGGGGCAGAAUUAAAGGGGCAGAUGCGGCGGACGCUGCCAAGCGCCAGCGAUAGGCGCUUAUUGGCUGCCGCAGAAGGGUGGGCUCCAAGG